CUCCCACAGCUUCUCUGCAGUAGCAACAAUGACGACUCUGCAAUUUUCGUCAUCCAGUUCGGUUCAACUUCCCUCCUCAACUACUACUACGCCAUGGUUAAAUUUACGGAAGAAGAGACCCGUUUUCUCUAUCAUUCACUGUGUGUCGACCCGACCCGGUGGAAGGAAGUCGGGUUACGGGUCAUCAUCAUCUGAGGCACAGGAGCUGGUGACUUUGGUUAUGAGGAAUUUCAGUGAUAAGAAGCCAUUAGUGAGCACUUUGGACAAGUAUGUUAAGUUGGUGAGGACUGAGCAUUGUUUCUUGCUCUUUGAACAACUGGGAAAGACUGAUAAUUGGCUUCAAUGCCUUGAGGUUUUCAGAUGGAUGCAAAAACAACGGUGGUAUAUAGCGGAUAAUGGGGUUUAUUCGAAAUUGAUAUCGGUGAUGGGGAAGAAAGGGCAGAUCAGAAUGGCAAUGUGGCUGUUCUCCGAGAUGCGUAAUAGUGGGUGCCGUCCAGAUACCUCAGUGUACAAUGCAGUAAUUUCGGCCCAUCUCCACUCUCGAGACAAAUCCAAGGCCUUGACAAAGGCUAUGGGUUACUUUGAGAAGAUGAAGGGAAUGGAGCGUUGUAGUCCAAGUAUUGUUACAUACAACAUCCUUUUGAGAGCUUUUGCUCAGGCAAAAAAUGUUGAACAGGUAGAUGCUUUGUUGAAAGAUCUGGACGAGAGCAUUGUUACUCCUGACAUAUUCACAUUUAACGGUCUAAUGGAUGCCUAUGGGAAAAAUGGAAUGAUCAAUGAAAUGGAGCACAUUCUAUCUCGAAUGAAGAGUAAUCAGCUUAAACCAGAUAUUAUUACUUUCAAUAUAUUGAUUGAUUCAUAUGGGAAGAAGCAGGACUUUCAGAAAAUGGAACAAGUUUUUAAAAGUUUGCUUCAAUCAAAGGAGAAACCUACCAUUCCCACGUUUAACUCAAUGAUAACAAACUAUGGAAAAGCACGACUCAGAGAAAAGUCCGAGUUAGUUCUUGAGAAGAUGAUUGACUUAGGUUAUAAGCCAAGUUACAUCACGUAUGAGUGCCUCAUUGUGAUGUAUGGGCAUUGCGACUGUGUCGCGAAAGCAAGAGAACUAUUUGAUAGGGUGAUAGAAUCUGAGACGGAGAAGAAAGCUUCAACACUGAAUUCAAUGCUUGACGCCUAUUGCAUGAAUGGUUUACCCAUGGAAGCUCACCUUCUCUUUGAGAGUAUUCAUUCAGCCAAAGCUUUCCCUAUAGACUCAUCAACCUAUAAACUUCUAUAUAAGGCCUACACUAAAGCCGAUAUGAAGGAACUUGUACAGAAACUGCUGACCUGUAUGGAUGAAGAUGGGAUCAUCCCCAACAAAAAGUUCUUUCUUGAUGCUUUGGGGGCAUUUGGGUCUGCACCAACAAAUCGAAGGGAAGUUGGUGAUAAUAAAGGAUUGAGCAAGCACAAGGGUCGUAAGUGAAAUGAAAAAAGAAAGUGACUUGCAGUUAGAAAGCUGGUCAAUGCACUCAUUCUCAAACAAUAAUGAGAUUCAAGAUGAAGUUUCUUCCUCAUACUCAUUGAGUGGCUCAGUAACAAUUCAUCAAACCGCUAGGACAAUUUUGGUCUCCCAGAUUCAAGAUAAAACAUGGAACAUUCAAGUUGUGAACCUCAUCACCUAUUUCUUCAGAGAAAAGUGGUGCUUGAUACACUGUAGUAGCUAGAGGGUGGUUCAUUCAAAUAUUGGCCUAGAAGUUCUCUUGUUUGCAUCUCUAGAUUCUCUAACUUCUUUGUUGCAGCAUUGUUAUUGUGUUGCAAACAAUAAGAGAAG